CCAAACGGAGAAGCGGAGGGGAAGAAGAAAUCAGAACGGAGGAGAGAGGGGCUCUCAUCUCCGACCAAGGCACGCCGCCUUGUUUGUAUACAGUACGCUUUCCAGCCAGCGCAGCUUUUUCUUCCAGCCCUCCCUUGCCGUCUCUUCAUUGUUCUCUUCCCGGCGGCGGCAGCGGCAGCGGGAGCAGCCAGUCAAGAGGCUGUCACGACAGACGGAAGGGAAAAGAGCGAGGCUCUCCUCCUUUCUCCCUCUGCCACCCGCACACACCUACCAGCACUUGCAUCUGCCAGCGGCGAGUAGCCUCGCGGCGCUUCCGAAUUGCGCUUGGGUCUCCCAGAUCUCCUCUUUAAUGUUAGGCGAGACGCAGAACCUGUCAAGAAAGGGGAAAAAAGAGUGAUAGAAAGAGGGAAGAAGGAAAAGGAGAGUUUUCCCUUUCUUGAUCCGCAGGGCAGAAAGGUUUUCAUUCGACUAAAAACAAUUUUAAGAAAUAGGUUUUAAUAGCCAAGUGGCUAGAUAGAAGGGCUUUCAACCUUCCGCCCUCCUUUGCCUGCGCUAAACUCACGCCUCUUUUUUUCCCCAUCUACUUGGGAUCGUCCCUUGGGGGAUCCAAGGAUCAUGAGCCGCUGGGUAGCCGCCUGGUUCCUGUUGUGUUUGAGUCUCGAACCCCCUUCGUUCGCCAAAGGGGAUGCAUGUGAUUCUAAUCCUUGUGAAAAUGGAGGCAUCUGUGUAUCUGGUUUGGAUGGUUUCUAUACUUGCGAAUGUCCUGAUGGCAUCACAGAUUCCAAUUGUUCUAGUGUUAUGGAGGUUGGGCCAUGUCUUCCUAAUCCCUGCCAUAACGGUGGAACAUGUGAAAUCAGUGAAGCCUACCGAGGAGACACGUUCAUAGGCUAUAUCUGCAAAUGUCCAGUUGGAUUUAAUGGAAUACACUGCCAGCACAAUGUGAAUGAGUGUGAAGCUGAACCCUGCAAGAAUGAUGGUAUUUGUACAGAUCUGGUAGCUAACUAUUCCUGUGAGUGCCCAGGUGAAUUCAUGGGGAGAAAUUGCCAAUAUAAAUGCUCUGGACCAUUGGGAAUAGAAGGAGGAAUCAUUUCUAAUCAACAGAUUACUGCAUCAUCCACCCAUCGGGCUCUUUUUGGGCUCCAGAAAUGGUAUCCCUACUAUGCACGACUUAACAAGAAGGGUCUUAUAAAUGCUUGGACUGCAGCAGAAAAUGACAGAUGGCCAUGGAUUCAGAUAAACCUACAACGAAAAAUGAGAAUCACUGGAGUUAUAACACAAGGUGCCAAGAGAAUUGGAAGUCCAGAAUACAUUAAAUCAUACAAAAUUGCAUAUAGCAAUGACGGUAAAUUAUGGAGCACAUACAAAGUGAAAGGCACCACUGAAGAUAUGGUUUUCCAUGGAAAUGUGGAUAAUAAUACACCUUAUGCAAAUUCUUUCACCCCACCAAUAAAAUCUCAGUAUAUACGAUUGUAUCCUCAAGUCUGUAGAAGGCAUUGUACUUUGCGAAUGGAACUUCUUGGCUGUGAAUUAUCAGGUUGUUCUGAACCUUUGGGGAUGAAAUCAGGACAUAUACAGGAUUAUCAGAUCACUGCUUCUAGUAUCUUCAGAACACUCAACAUGGAUAUGUUCACAUGGGAACCCAGGAAAGCUCGACUAGACAAACAAGGCAAAGUUAAUGCCUGGACAUCAGGACACAGUGACCAGUCUCAGUGGCUACAGAUUGAUCUUCUUGUCCCUACAAAAGUCACUGGCAUCAUUACUCAAGGAGCUAAAGAUUUUGGUCAUGUUCAGUUUGUGGGUUCCUAUAAAGUCGCCUAUGGCAAUGAUGGACAACACUGGACCAUAUAUCAGGAUGAAAAGCAAAAAAAAGAUAAGGUUUUCCAGGGAAACUUUGACAAUGAUACUCACAGAAAGAACGUUAUUGAUCCUCCAAUCUAUGCACGGCACAUAAGGAUCCUUCCCUGGUCAUGGUAUGGCAGAAUCACUUUACGGUCAGAGCUUUUGGGCUGUACAGAAGAGGACUGAUGCAUAGAUCUGCACUUAAUAGCACAACUCUUGAUAUUUCUAAAUAUAUAUAUAUAUAUAUAAAACUCCAUAGAAGAAACUGCAAAACCUGUAGGAAGUUGAAUGGGCUUUUCAUGAAUAAGUGCUCACUUUCUGGUAGGCUGUUCUCUUUUGUAAGGAAGUCUAAGCCUGCCCUUAAAAUGGUCCGAUUCUGAUGCAUAUUCUUACCUCUUUUUCUUUUGUUCCCUUUUAAAUCUGGUCCAAUUAUUUCUCUGUUUUACUGUGAAAGUUCAAGUUCUCUUCUGAGUUGUUCUCAUUGGCUAAAAUGUGAUAAGAGAUAAAACAAAAAUACCAUCAUUUUUGCAAGGGAAAUGAACAUGGUUUUACAGAGUUCAUUAAUAAUCUGAGAACAAGCUGAUGGAUGUCAUUGUUUCCAAACCCAUGCAGUCAUUUUACUUACUUACAAGUGAUACUGUGGCUUUAGCAAUAAGUUUUUUCUCGGGAAUGACUUCAUUUGAUUCUUUCCCUUGUGCCUAUCAUAUACUGUCAUGACAAAUGAUACUAUUUUUGAAAACAAAAAGCUGUGGUAUGCGGUCCUUCCGAUGUCACAUACUACAUUUUGUAAUUUCUUUUAAAAGAACUGAGUCCACGCACUUUAGAUUUCGUUUCCAGUUGUUUUGCUUUUCACUGAGCACAAUGGGAACAUUUCAUUACCUUUUACAUUUAAUCCUAGUAACUGCUACUGUUUAUUUUCGGUGAGCAAAACUGAAUUUUAUAGGACAAAAUCGGUCAUUGUUAUAUUAUGAAGUCUAUGAUUUUAUAAAUGAAUUCAGCAUACAGGUUUUUUUUUCCCCAAAACAAUGCUGGGCUGACAAGAAUAUGGACCAAAUCUGAAGCUGAUUCUCAGUAAAAGAAAGUUGCAUAAAUAGCUUAAUAUAGCCUUCAUGUGCUCCUGUCUUUUCUUCCUUCAGAGUUGGCUUGUUAAUCUAUGAAGGAGCUGCCCCCAAUCCUUUGGGUCAAUGGGCAAGGGAGUCAGUGUGGUAAAAAAAAUAUCUAUCAUUCAUUCCAAAAUGAACCAACGUAUCUUAGUUCAGAAGUGCAAACUUGCUACAGCAUUGUCCAUAAACUACACUUCAGAGGUAUAGAUACACAUGAUGGGCGGGAUGCUGCUAUGAUCUUUCAGUUAUUGCAAAAUUUAGCUAUACAAAGUUAUUUUGGGCACGCAAGUUUGAUAAUAAGCCAGGAACUGGCAAAGGUAGAAAGAAAAGCAGAACAGUUUUACUGAAUGCAAACAUCAGGCUUAAUUUCAAAUGGAGCAUGUCUCUGGUUCUUAAGACUGUAAAGACACUGGUGGACUCAGGUACAUAAAGCGCCUAAUAACAUCACAAAGUUAAAAGUGUAAAUUCAAUUCUUUUUAAAACAAGGAAUAUUUUUUCCCUACUAAAAGAUGCUAUGUGUGUAGAAAUUAGGCCAUUAAAAGACAGCUAACCAGCCCAAGACCCCUGUUACUGGAAUUCAGCUUUCACUUACACUGUAACCCAGGACAACCAUUCUGCCAGAGCUUUCUUAGAAUAUGGAAGAAAUAAAGUAAUUGGGAGAGGGUUAAGGUUUUCAAAGUGAUGGUCUAGAUCACAAUAAAGGUUCUGGUUGUUAUUGUAGCUCCUAUGCCUCUCUGGGACAUCUAAAAUAUCAGAGGUACUUAUGUGACAAGAAUUACCCAUAAUUCCAGGUCUCAUGCACCUUGAUUAAGGAACAUUGCUUUCUGUGCCUUGGAUAUCCUAUCUGAAAAUAUACAGCUAGGAUUCAAUGCACACCAAUCAAUGCUAGAGCACCAUGUAUCCCUAGUUUGUGCUCAUCCUUAGCCAAACAAGAAAUGAAAUGCUGUUGCCAUGGGAAAGAGGGUACCAAGAUACUGUAAAAGGAUGGCUGGAAUGGCUUCUUGUUUCCACUUAUGUCCAUCCACAAUGGCAAUUAUAUAUAGAAAAACAGUGAGAAUUUGACAGAUGACUCAAUAAGUGGAAUUUCUCAUGCAUAUGAAACUCUAGUUUCAUUCAGGGUUUCUGCUAAACAGUGAUCCUGGCCACUAUUGCAAAGCACUUUCAUUUAAACAAGGUAUUUGCUGAAUGUACUUUUCUUACUUGAAACUCUAUAUCAAUCACCAUCUCCAUUCUUAUUUUCAUAAAAAAUAUGUGGGAUGGGAUGGGUUUGUUUAAAAAAAAACUUCAUUAAAAUAGUUCACACUAAACAUUUUUAUUAAAUUGCAUUAUUUCUUUUUUUUCUAAAUCAUGGCAAUAUACAGCAAGCAUGGGUUCUACAACCUUGAUAUAUAUAUAUAAAAGAGCUACCCUAUAACUGUAGAUUAUAAUUAGAAAAAAGAUUAUAGCCAGCACUGGCUUCCUGCAGUGGAAUGAAUGGUGGGACAGAUUAUUCUUUUUGAAAACAAAAUCCCUUUCCCCAUGCAACCUGAAGUUUAGGGAAUUGUCUAGAAGAGCACAUCUGGGAAUACAUGGGAGCAAGGGAGGAGAUAGUAUAGCACAAGAAAAUGUAAUAUUAUAUAUAUAUCCCAAGUUCUUCACAGAUUCUCGUAUAGAUUUGCUUCAUGUGGUUUGGACUACAUGAGUUUUUAAUUUUCAGAUGAUAUUUCUAAAAAAUGUCAUGCUAAUAAAAAAGUGUACCCAUAAAAAAAGAAGACUGCUGUCUAGACUUUUAAAAGAUCCGAACUCACACAUUUAAUUUGUAAGGCUUAGACAAAGAUACUUGGAGAUGUUCAGUAAAGGAAUCUAAUCAAGGUAAAGCAAGUACCGGUAUCUGUAAGGAAUUCCAAGGUUCUGUGUAUGUUUAUGACUUUUGUAUAUGUGUGCGUAUUUUAGUUGGAUUUGUGCUGCAUUACAAUUUCACUAAAGUGUUACUGUCUUGUCCGUAACUGUGUUAACAUUUCUUAACAAUGUUAUUUAUGGAAUUGUCUUUGAUUGUAGUGAAUAAUUUUAAAGAGAAAGUCAGCUCUGAUUGUAUUAAGGUGCAAAAGUCUGAUGGAAUAAAGGUAGUACCAAGAUGGCAUUGAACUAUAUACAGCCCCUAUUCUGCAUUUUAGGCUCUUAUGAAAAUGCUAUAUAAGUCACAGCCAAGCAAACCUGUUCAAUUCUAAAUUUCCAUUCUAGAAGUUAAAGCAACAGCAAUAAUCUGUAGCUUGCUGUUAGGUCUUUCCUUUUAUAGUGAAUCUAUACUUUAAAGUAGAGACUAGCUAAAGAGUGCGACUGAGAUGCAUUUCUUCAGCCUUUGAAAGCCAUAGGGGAAAGUAACAAUUAUAUUGAAAUGCCAAUCAGAGGGAGACAUUAUAUUUUAGAUACCUUUAAAAAUGGGAUCUAUGCCAGUGGGGGUAAAUUAAAUUCUAUGGAAAUGUGAGCCUAUAAUCAGUGCUUGCUGAGGCAAAAAAAAAAAAAAAAGAUUAAAUCCACCAAAAAGUGGAUCAGUGAGUGGUUACGGAAGCUGCAAGAAUGGGGCUGGGAAUUUGCUUGUGGCAGGUUGCCUAUCCUGGUUAGCAACCACAUUCCUUCUUUCAGUGUUAUUGGACCAAAGGUUGCACUUGUAGCCAUUUGUUCAUACGAUGCAAAAUAAAGUAAUUCAGGUCUUGGCACUGAGAACAAAUUCAGAACCCAUACCCAGAAGUCUACAUAUGACUUGUCUUGAAAUCAGGCAGAAAAAAUCUGGAUUAGCAUCCGAAGCAGGUAGCUCUGCUAUUUUGUGUGUAUGUGUGUGUGUGUGUGCCAGGCACAUAGCUAUUGAUUUAUAAGAGAAAUUGCGGAAAUGUUCCUUUUUCGCAUAUGUAGAUUCCAGAUCAACAUUCAUAUGAAUACUAAGACUGCCUCUGAUAGAUCAGGGUAAUAAACAUAUUUUUUACUCUGUAGUAGAGAGUCAUAUGUAGGAAAUUGGCCUGGGUCUACAACAUCCCUUCAAUAAGGAAUGUUUUCUAUAUUGAGUUUCAAUAUGACAAACUUCUGAUGCUCCUAGCAUCACUUCAUUGCACUGAUGAAAUAGUUUGUGCUGCUAGUCAUUAUAGACAUAAAAUGUAUUAGUGCUUUUUUUUUUAAUGCAAGGAAGUGAAUAUUUAAUUGGCUCACUAUUAACAUAUGUAUCAUAAUUUACAGUGCAUAAAAUGUCAUAUUCAAAUGUAGUAAUUGACAUUCAUUGUUCUUUUUGAAAUGAUUGUGUUCUUUACCUUUCUUAUUUAUUUCUGUAAACUACUUAAUUAUAUGAUUCUGAAAGUGUCUGUUUUUAGCAAAUAUAGGCACAAUUUGUUGGAAACUAAUUCUUGCAAGACCUACUUAAAUGAAUAACUGGAUUACCUUGCUAUAGCUGUAUUUGUGUCCUAGUACAGCUGUAGAAAAACCUGAUCAUCUUCAGACUUAUGUUAAAUAGAAAAUGGAAGCUUUCACUGAUGCUAAUGGAAGAUUCCUUUGAAGUAAAACUGUCUGCUUCUCAUGGGUAAUUUUAUUGGACCAGGGAAAGGAAGGAAUUAUUUUUAAAUUCCCUUAUCCCCCCAUAAUCCUGUUAAUGCUACCUUACAACAGCUAUUUAUACAGAAAAAAAUGUGUAUAAAACUGUUACACUCGUAUAAUGAAUAUAUUUAAUUUGUCAGUCAAUUAGACUUGCAAAGGAUAAAUUUCUCAGUGAAUUGUGUUCUUUGGAUCUUAAAUAAGUUGACAACUAAAUUGCACUUUUUAAUUCCAUGUGUCAUUGUUUGAAAUUUUCUACUGCUUUAGGAUGUAUUCUGUAGUAAGAAUGAAUGUGUACAUCUAUUCAUAAUUGUUCAGUAAAUGACACGGGUGAAACAGCCAUCACUGAUCAAAUACCUCCAAACAAGUCAAUCCCAUCAAAUAGAAAGCUUUUUCAUGCAGAAAUUUCACACAUUCAAUUCCAAAUCAUCAGAUUUUAAUAACUGGGUACUUGAAUAGUGUGUGAUGUACAUAUGUGUUUAAGUCAGCCCUAGGUCUAUAAAUUGCAUCUUAUUAAAGAAAAAUAAUUCCAUCAUGAAGUUUUACAUAUAUUACAUUUGGCUGGCUGUGAUUUACAAUUUGUUUGUGCUAAGUCAGUUCAGUAGCCAGUAUUACAGUCCAAGUUAAGUAGAUGGUGAAUGAUAACUGGAGCUUUUGGCCUAAAAUAAAGAGAGCAGAUUCACAAAACUAACCAAACUAGCCUAACAUCUAUGUGCCUCACACAAAAUGGUGAAUUUAGAAUUAAGUCAUGCAAUUACACUAUAUGUAGAGUGUUUUGUACAACCUUAGGCUUAUGUGUAUUUUUGAACAUAAAUUUGCUCUGUUCAUGUGGCCUGUUUGCCCUUCUAGUAUGAUCAUUCAGUAUGAAAAUAUCAUUAAAUGUCUCAUCAGUUUUAAGACACUCUGUGAUUUAUGUAAGUGCUCAUCAAAAUAUUAGAACAUAACAAACGUAAAAGGACAAGUAUAGACUCUUUACAUGGAAUGAGGAAACUUAUCUUUUUCAGGAUUCAGUAAUCAGGUCACAGGAUUUUGUAUAGAUAAAAUUUAUAUGCAUAUUCAGACCUUGGAUAAAUGAAGCUACGACUGCGGGAUGGCAUCUGAUCCUCCCUCUAGUUCGUCACUGUGUUCCAGAAUAGGGAUCUCCAACUUUAAGACUUGUGGACCUCAACUCCCAGAAUUCCUCAGCCAGCAAAGUUUUGCUGGUUGAGGAACUCUGGGAGUUGAAGUCUGCAAGUCUUAAAGUUGACAAGGUUGGAGACCCCUGUUCCAGAAAACAUUCUGUCUGUGUAUGUGGAAGCCUGAGACACUCUAUUGUCCCACUUCACUUGUGAUGCAGACAAAAGAGAGACAUGUGAACUUGCCCACUUUCAAUUUAUGUUAUCUGAAGCCAAUGGAAAUUUUCAAGAAGUUGGUUCAAAUUAACAACUAAAUUUGAUUUAAAACCAACUAGUUGAUUACUUUAGAAUAGCAUCUCCCAAGUCAUUUCCUUUUGAGUGACUUCUAACUUAAAAUCAAAUGUUAAGAGGAGAGUAAACAUUUGUUGGAACGAUAUAAUAAUUUUUUUUUAACUUUUGUAUUAUCUUCAACAGUAAAACAGAAUAUGAGAUUUAAUUUCCCCUCUAUUUACCCUAAAAUGAUUUAGUUAUUUAUUUCUAGGCAGAUUUCACCUUUCUAUAGCCUUCCUAAUUUGCUACUUUUAUAGCCUGAGAAUUAAAACAUAAUGCACAAGGCUUAGGAUAAUCUACUUAAUUAUAUUAAGGGCUUGUCACAAAAUCAACCACAAUGAAAAUAUCCAGUUCAGAUUUUUAGAUUGACUUUCUCUUUUGGAAUGAAGACAUACAAAUUCAUGCAGUUUUGAAGACUAAGAAUUCUAAUGAGUGUACCUGUGCUAUGCCACAAAUUAAGAAAUACAAUUUUGAAAACUGGCUUCUUAUGUGUCAGUAAGUACAGAACUCACUCAGAUUCCUUGACAACCUGUGUAAAGUUCCAAUGUAUUUUGUAUAUACUUAAAUUACGUAGAAUGAUGUUAAAGCAGUACAACCUUGUCUAGUCUUCAACCUUAACAA